GAUUUAUUUGUGCCGGUAUAUAUGUCUUGAAUUAAUCCUGUGAAAAUUAAUAUCUAUUGGUUUUAAUUUAAAGCGAAAUCAUGUCAUUCAUCAUUCCGCCGCCAAGUAUACUUGUAAUUAUCUUGUAAUAUAUACUAAAAGUAGAUAAAUUAAUGUAUAUAAAAAUAAUUAUACAGAAAACAAUAACGUAAAGGAUUAACUCUUAUAGAUUUAGCUUCUAAAUAGAACUAAAAUAUUAUGUGCUCAGCAAAUUGUGUAUGAACGAUAGUAGAUAAGAUAACAAUACCUGUCGGCAGUUUGGACGAUAAAAAACGGUUCACAUGUAGUAAACCGAUAGGCGUGGGUGCGUACUGUAUUAUUAUUAAUUUUUAUGAAAAAACAUAUUAAGAGUUCUAAUUAUUAUUAACAACCACUAAAAAAUGGGUUUACUGUAUGUUCGCACACUACCAGGUGCUUUAAAAUGCGUACAAUUGUUAUUCAAUUUGAUUGCUUUCAUUUGUAUAGCAGCAACGGGAGUUUCAGCGAGAGGUGACGCCUUUUUGGUCGCUUCAGUUGGUGCUUUCGUAAUAACUUUACUACUUUUAUUAAUAAGAAUCAUGGAUUUAGACACAAAAAUUAAUUUACCUUGGAUGAAAAUCGAAUUUGGUUAUUGCGUGAUUUGGUCGAUAUUCUAUCUCAUAACAGCGGCUUUAGUCAUAGAUACGAAUGUGGAUGGUUAUAUUGCUGGAGGAGUUUUUGGGUUAUUAGCAAUGAUUUUAUACAUCAUCGAUGCUAUAGAUAAGUUUAGAGCUGGAUUGUAGUAUUAAUCAAAUGUAUUUAUUGAUUUUAUAUUAUAUUGUUGUACGUUCCAUUUGUAGAGUUGUUUGAUAUUACAAUUUUAAAAAAAAUUUA